CAACGGCAUGAUCAACGGGCAGGACAGCAGGGGGAGAUUGAGAGUGACAUCGCCUACAUCGUGUUGAACUUUGCGAUUUACGUUGAGAAAUGAUCUAUGACCCCACGGAGAAGGACAACUGAAAGCAGCUUGAGCAGGCAGAGGCAGAUGCGUUGGGGAGACUUUUCUCUUAAGGACAUCACGGACAAGUCAAGACAAAUAGAGUACAUUUGGUAAUACCCCUUUGAAGAUGGCAGCCACGGUGAACGAGGACACCGGUCUGAACCAGCGGCAGGCACAGGUCAUCAAAGACUCAUGGCAAAACCAUAUCAAACACGACCUCAAGAAAUACGGUAUCAUCUUCUAUCAAAGAUUUUUCAUGACCUAUCCGGAUUACCAGCAGCUUUUCCAGUUCAUGCGAGAGCGCCCCCUGGAUCAACUUAUUAGGAACAAGGACCGGGUCCUAGUCACGCAGUCGCUGAAAACAAUGAAUGCUAUUGGUCAGUUGGUGGCGGCACUUGAUGCGCCGGACAAAAUGAAGGAUUUGGCAUUUGAUAUUGGAAAGGCCCAUUACAAGUAUGGAUGUCGGAAAGAACAUUUCGAUAGGGUAGGUCCGAUCCUCCUGGACACCAUGUCCGUGGGCCUUGGCCGAGAUAUGGAUGAGUAUUGCCACCAAGCCUGGAAAGCAUGGAUCGAAGCGCUCAUCCCCAUCAUGAACAAAGGGAACGGAAGCGCCGUGUGACUUGCGAGGAAUCAACUUUUUGCAGCAUGGUCGAGAAAGAUAGCAGAUUGUUAAAAACAGCACAGUGUUGUGAAUGGCUUUAAAAUGGCCACCAUUUUCCCCGUCGCUAAUUUUUUUAUUUGUUUUAUCAUACGGACCUAGAUUAAGCCAUUUCACUCAUCCGCAGUGUAAGUCCCGCCGUGCUCAAACAUGGAUGACACUAGACUUUAUAAUCGUAAGUGAAGUCAUCAAUUCAACGAAUGCAUGCAUUCGAUUUUAGUUAUUCAUUUUUAAAUUGUUUUAUAGCUGUUUCUGUUUUUUAUGGGCUUCUGCGUCAUAAGCGUGACUGGGAGAUGUAAAUCCGAUGGUAAGCCAGAAUGAUGAUGUGAAAUCAUGAAAUGAGUAAUGAUAUCAUUAUGAUGCAAAUAAAAUUCUGUAGAGAGUAAAGUUGCUGCCGUACAUGUAUGUAUCUCAGUCGAUUGAUAUUUGAGGUAUUUUAGCAGAUA